UUCCUCAAAAAAAAAAAAAGUCCUCUUGUUGCUGCUAGUUGCCGCCGCACCCGCGCGAAACGAACCCUAGGGAGCGGCGAGGAGGCGGUCACCCACCGGAGGCAAGCACGCGCAACGAAUUCGCGCGGAGGUAUCGGCCCAUCGUACGCUUUCUCCACCACCUCCGACAGAUCGACGACGAUUAUUCAGUUAGCAAGGGGAGACAUCUGAUGGGGCUAAAGGUGCAGGCCACUGCGUUGGGUUCCACAUUAGUCGAGUUCAAAGUGGACUAUCAGCACAGCAAGCACCUUAAUAUUGGUGAGGCAGUCCACUCUGAAAUCAUCUAUGCCGGUGGGCACAUGUGGAGAAUGAACUGCUACCCUUCUGGGGUCAGGGAGCGAGACAUGGGCGGACAUGUCUCUUUAUUCCUUGAGCUUCUUAACAAAUCCUCAAGUGUUGAGGCCAUCUUCGGGGCCUGGUUGAAAGGAAACGGCAGAGAGAAUUACACCUCACCAAAAAAGACUCUAGCUUAUGUAUUCAAUGAAGAGGAAGAAGAACUAGACGAACAAGGUUGGCAUCAGUUCUGUUCGCGAUUUGAAGUAGAGAAUUAUCAUGUAACAGAGGGAUACAUCACGUUUGUAUGCGCCAUCAUGGUGGUAGGUGGGAACUCUAUUCCCGUGCCGCCUUCAGACCUUGGAGAACAUCUUGAGAGGCUGCUGGAUAGCACGGAUGGGACGGAUGUGUCAUUCAACGUUGAUGGUGAGACAUUCGACGCACAUCGAGCGGUGCUUGCUGCACGUUCACCAGUCUUCAAUGUUGAGCUCCUCGGAUCCAUGGCUGAGGCUACAAUGCCAGCCAUCACCCUACAUGACAUCGCCCCAGCAGUUUUCAGAAUCAUGCUUCGGUUCAUGUACACUGACACGUUGCCUGGAGAUGAUGAGCUCGGGAGCUCUCCCUUCGAGAUGAUGCAGCAUCUACUAGCCGCGGCUGACCGGUAUGCAUUGGACCGGCUGAAACUCAUGUGUGCACAGAGACUGUGGGACAAGGUGUCUGUCGAUACCGUUGCUGCUACCUUAGCUUGUGCUGAGAUGUACAGCUGCUCGGAGUUGAAGAGCAAGUGCAUUGACUUCUUUGCAGCUGAGAAAAAUUUCAAAAAGGCUGUUUUAACUGACAGUUUUCUGCAGCUGGGUCAUAAAUUCCCAUCGAUUAUUGCUGACCUGCGAGAGAGGGUUGGGGCAUGAAUUUGCAACAGAUCUAUCUCCAUGUAUAUAGUUCAGGCAUUCAAGCAUAACUCAGUAUGGUACAUUUGAAUAUUUUGGUGACUAGUAUCUCAUGGAUUGUGAAGCAGCAUAACUCAGUAUGGUAUUAGGAUAUUUUGGUGGCUGGGAUCUCAUGGAUUGUGAAGCAUAUUGGAACUUCGAAACCGGAUUCUGCAAUCCUGGCUGUUUGGACUAUUUUCCUUCCGAAUCCAAAUGAUUCUGAUUUUGUGUGGCAAGGUGAAGGAUAUUGUCAGACAGAUCUGGUGCAAAGAUACUGAGAUUAUGCAUAAGUAGUAGCAUGAUUUUAUUUUGGAUUCUCUGCUCUAUUGGUCUUUGAAGCUUCAAAGAUGGGCUAUGCUUGAAGCUUCAAAAAUAUUUUAACUUUUGCUAUGCUACUAUGACAUACUAAGCUAUAUAGUUUUGACUCCAUGUGCUGUCUGAACUUUCCAACCUGUUGGAAGUACCUACAUUGCUGUAUCGUAUAUUCUGCACUAUUUGUCAAAUUACAUCUGUAUUUCUACUGUCAAAGUCGGUUGGUACUGAAAUCCGUGGUGCCAUGACCGUAAGGCAGUGUUA